AUGUCUGUACCGGCUACAUACAAGCCUUCGCCUCUUGGCUAUGGCUCUUCUCCUACACGCAGCUCUCCAUUUCGUCGAGCCGAGUCUCCUGCUUCACCGUCUCCCCUCCGAAAUACCACAGUCACACCGACUGGUUCACCUACAAAGGCCGGACCCUUUGGCUCUACAUCACGCUUCGCUAGAGCUACCACUCCCACAAGCACACAACCUAGCUGGACACCAAAGCCCAAGACACCUGUGAAAGACGAAAUGAAUUCCCCAUCACCUUCGCGACUGAUUGCGCCUCGAACGCCAGUAUCAAAGUCACUCGGCAGCGGUAAUGCGCUAUCGCAAUUGCAAGCCACACAAGUCCGAACACUACGAGAUGCCUUUCAGAUCAUGGACCGAGACUGCGAUGGUGUUGUGAACCGAGAAGACGUUACCGACAUGCUUAACCAGCUAGGUUUGCCGUCCACACCGGCUGAUGUAUGCCUAUUCUUUCCCACAUCGGCGCCUCAAACCAUCAGUUUAGCAGUGUUUCUCAACUCGCUUGCCGAUGCACUAGCAGCUCUAUCUGAUAGCGCCGACUUGCUCUCCGCCUUUUCAGCUUUCGAUAACGACGACAGCGGUCAAGUGGAUGUGGUUGAGCUGCGCAACGCGCUUCUGCAGACAGCACCCGAACCUGGCGAGAAGGCUCUGAGCGCCAACGAAAUUGAUAAGAUCAUGAACGGAUUCACUGGACGUCGAGCCUUCAACCGUAACAUGAACGCUCACCUGGGUGCCAAGAGAGGCGAGGUGUUCAAAUACCAAGAGUUUGUCGGCUCCAUCAUGGGGUCCAAUAAUGGUUCAGAUAACCCUGAUGAGAACGAAGUCUGA